AUGCUUCACGACACUAACAGUUACAUCCGAAGCUUAAAGUUUGCGUUGCAAAACAACUCUUCGCCCUCUUUCAGCGUUGUCAUCGAUGCAGACAGACGGCCUCACGGUGAGCAUGAGCGUCGCUUCAAUGCUCCUGUAUGUAAUGAAAUUGCCGCAGUCAUCCACGAUGAGGAGCAUAACAGCCGUGACAUUGUCAUAAGGUACCGGGGCGGUGGUUUGCGCCGCAUCAGUGAAACCCACCGUUCAUACGACUGUCUCCAGUACCCCCUUCUUUUUCCAUACGGAAGCGAUGGGUACCACUUCAAAACCCCAAUAUACCAGGCAAGCAGCUAUUCCAUGUCGACCUCAAAGACGGUCUUUUGUAGGGCUUACUACGCCUACAUGUUUAUGGUUAGGGAGGGUAAAUUUAACCACUUGCACAGGUGCCGUCAACUAUUUCUUCAAUUCGCUGUUGACAUGGCUCCAAAAAUGGAGUCGGAGAGGUUGGGAUUCAUCAAGUUAAACCAAUCCAAACUUAGAACCGACUCCUACAUUCACCUUCGUGAUGGUGAUCCACGCAAUCUCGGCAAACCGUGCAUUUUGGCUUCCUCUCACACUGGUGCAUGA